AUGAUUGAUUCAAGAUUCUAUUUUUCACUUUUAGUUCUUCCAUCGGGAGAAUUAUGUUAUUCAUCAAUGCACGAACAACUAUCCCGAAAGGCAUUCCAAUUGCUUUGGGAUAACCUCGAUAUAAAAUCAAUUGUACAAAACAACCAACAUCAACAACAUCACAACCAACAACAACACAAUAAUAAUAAUAUUUAUAUGAAUGGACAUCAUGGUGGAGGUCAUAUGAUGAUGAUGAAUCACUCAGGAGGACAAAAGAACCAAAGCAAAAUAUUUAAAUUAUUGGACAAUAAUAAUAUUCAUAAUGGAAGUAGUGGGAGCAGUGGAAGCACUACAAAUAGUACUACAAACACAAAUAGUAAUAAUAGUGAUGACGAUGAACUUAUCACUGAAGACGAUGAGGAUGAGAUGGAGGAUGACGAGGAUUUUGAGAUGGAUGAUACUCUUGAUGGAUCUGACCGCGGACAGAUCUACUCGUCCGAAGAUAAGAGUCGGAUGAUGGAGCAGGUCAAGCUACACAAACACAAACAGGAAGAGAUUAAAAGACAGAUCCAAGAGAACCUACGACAACAACAAAUCAUUGGAGCUCAUCUUGCCAUCCAGAAACAACAACAAAAAUACCAAGACCAAUAUUUCAUCCAAACCGUUCAAAAUCAACAUCAACUAUCUCUACUUCAAAAAAUUUUAAAAGAACAAAAGGCAAAUGGCAAAGAAACUAAUAAUAAUAAUAAUAACAAUAAUAAUAAUAAUAAUAAUAAUAAUAAUAAUAAUAAUAAUAAUAAUAAUAGCUCAUCUACCAAUAAUCCUGCGACUACUACUACUACAACUACUACGACUCCAUCCUCUUCAACUACCACAGCUACCACCCCCAACACUGUAUCUCCAUCAACUUCAAAUUCUUCUCUAAGUUCUUUAUUAUCUUCUUCAACUUCAUCAUCGGCAAAUACUUCUUCUUCAUCUUUGCCAUCGGCAUCAUCAACUUUAUCACCUAUACUCACAACUUCAUCUUCUUCCACUUCUUCUUCAUCUUCAUCUUCAUCUUCCUCAUCCUCAAACAAUGUAUCAUCAUCAUCAUCAUCCUCAAAUAUAAUUCCAGAAUUUAAAUUAACAACUCCACCACCACCAACAACCCAACCGAAUAUACCAAAUAUCAUAAUGGAUGAUAAAGAAAUGAAAAAGAAAGAAUCAAUUUCAAUUGUUGGUCACCCUACACUUGUUGGUAUUGGUAAUUUAGAUAAUAACAAUAAUAACAAGUCUAGAUCACCAUCACCAUCACCAAGGCAACAAGGAGGAAGUGGAGUAGGAGGAGCCAAUGGAAGUGAGGUACAUCACCAUCAUCAUUACUUUUAUCAUCCCUAUCAUCCAGUACUUCCACCACCACUUUCCAACCUCCCUCUACCACCAUCACCACCAAAUGGUCCAGUCGUAUAUUCGCCUCGUUUGGCAUCUGGAUCUCCAGGCGGUCUAAACUCUCCUCGAAACCACUCUAUCAACUCUCCCAGAAAUCAAAUUGUCAACUCUCCCAGAAAACAUAAUUACAUGACCAACAUAUCACCCAGACAUACACUUAUGGCAUCUACUGGAAGCAAUGGAAGUAGUGGAUCACCAUGUCCAUCCCCAUCACCAUCGCCACCACCCAUCCCAUCACCUCGUAACCUAAGUACCAUCCUUCCUCCUCUUAUCACUCCAAACAUUCAAAAUCUAAUCAUUACAACUCCAAGAGAAAGAGAUAGAGAUCGAGAAAGAGAAAGAGAAAAUAGAGAAAAUAGAGAAAAUAGAGAAAAUAGAGAAAGAGAAAGAGACAACAAAUAA